CUAGGGUAGAGCUGGGUUUAGGAGGCAGUAAGGAGCCCAGCGGGUGGGCGGUCCUCCACAGCUGAUUAAAGCAGUCCCAGGGCGAAGUCACUCGCUGAGCGACAGCGGGUGUCUGAAAGAAGCUGCAGGCUUGCGGCAGUCAACCUCACUGCAGGACCUUUGACAGAGAGGCUUGGGUUGCACAGCUGUGUGGUCCUCCCCCCACCCGCCUUCUUCAGCCGGCCCCCUGUUGCUAUUGUUGCACGAGAGGCUCCUACUCCUCCUUUCACUCUUUUUUUCCUUGAGGGACCCGACUUUUUUACUCUUGAGAUGCGUGGUGGGAGGCAAGCAGCUGGGUUUCCAAGCACAGAAAAACUUCUGGAGUUGCAUCUGUUGCUACUGGCCUUAUAUUUGAGGAGCCCUGAUUAUUUGAAAUAGAAGGAUUUUCUGUCUCUGGAAUUUGAAAUUGCCAUGGGACUUGAGCAAAAAAUAUGCUAGAAUCUACCUUUCACAAGCAGCAGAAAACGAAUGUGCUAACAGGAGCAGCUGUGAUGCAGUUACUGUUUUAAGAAAGGCGUUUGUGGCUAUUUUACAUAGAUAUCCUUGACAGAGAACUGCAGACUUUGUGCCUUUUGAUCUCCAAGUCAGAUUAAAAGGGCUUUGGGUUGCCAGGGAGCCUUGAUUCAAGCACAUUUUGCAGCUGUUCCUGUGCAAAGUCGUCUAAGCCUGCAACCACUUUGGCCAUUUUGUGCCCACUCAUGCCUUUGCAUUCAUCAAAUGGUUCCACUGGCCUCAGCACAAAGACAAACUUUCACUGACAGGCUGUUUCAUUGAAGAGGUUGCAAAUAUUAGUGAUGAGGUGCCUACAUGCUGGAUUAGAUUUGUUGGUCUUACUGCCAAUAAAGAAAACAAGAAUCUGCUUUCUUGGGAAAACUCAAAAGGAAUACAGAAUGACACAAACUGCGGUUGCUCUCGGAUUGCUGGUUAUAAUGACUUCGUUGCUCUUAAUUGAGGGCUCUCCUUUCCUGGUCCAUCAACGACAGAAGGGGCGAUUUCAGAGAGACCGGCGGAACAUCAGGCCAAAUAUUGUUCUUAUUCUCACUGAUGACCAAGAUAUUGAACUAGGUUCUAUGCAGGUGAUGAAUAAAACCCGAAGGAUCAUGGAGCAAGGGGGAGUUCAUUUCAUCAACGCAUUUGUAACAACGCCAAUGUGCUGCCCUUCAAGAUCUUCCAUACUCACUGGGAAGUACGUUCACAACCACAACACUUACACCAACAAUGAAAACUGCUCUUCUUUGUCAUGGCAGGCACAUCAUGAACCCAAAACAUUUGCUGCUUAUCUGAAUAGCACAGGAUACAGAACAGCUUUCUUUGGCAAGUAUCUCAAUGAAUAUAAUGGUUCCUAUGUGCCACCAGGCUGGAAGGAGUGGGUUGGAUUAAUUAAGAACUCAAGGUUCUACAACUAUUCUCUCUGUAGAAAUGGAGUGAGGGAGAAACAUGGACAUGAUUAUGCCAAGGAUUAUUUGACUGAUCUAAUCACCAAUGAUAGCAUCUCUUAUUUUAAAAUGUCCAAGAAGAUAUUUCCUCAUCGCCCAGUUCUGCUGGUACUGAGCCAUGCGGCACCACAUGGGCCUGAAGAUUCCGCUCCUCAGUUUGCACACCUCUUCCCUAAUGCCUCUCAGCACAUCACCCCAAGUUAUAACUAUGCUCCAAACCCUGACAAGCACUGGAUUAUGAGGUAUACUGGACCUAUGAAACCAAUUCACAUGGAGUUUACAAACAUGCUUCAGAGAAAACGACUGCAAACAUUAAUGUCUGUGGAUGAGUCUGUAGAAAAGAUGUAUGACAUGUUGUUGGAUAUUGGUGAACUGGAAAAUACAUACAUCAUUUAUACAGCAGACCAUGGAUAUCAUAUUGGACAGUUUGGACUUGUUAAAGGGAAAUCCAUGCCAUAUGAGUUUGAUAUCAGAGUUCCAUUUUAUAUCCGUGGGCCAAACAUCGAAGCAGGUUCCAUAAAUCCUCACAUAGUGUUGAACAUCGAUCUUGCUCCCACAAUUCUGGACAUUGCUGGAGUUGACAUUCCUGUUGACAUGGAUGGAAAAUCAAUAUUAAAACUUCUGGAGACGGAGGUGCCAGUGAAUAGGUUCCAUUUUCAUAAAAGGGCAAAGGUGUGGCGAGAUUCCUUCCUAGUAGAAAGAGGCAAACUGUUACAUAAGAGAGAUGGUGGUACAAAGGAAGACAAAGCCCAAGAGGAAAACUUUCUCCCCAAAUAUCAGCGUGUGAAAGACCUGUGUCAACGUGCAGAGUUUCAGACACCAUGUGAGCAAACAGGACAGUACUGGCAGUGUGUAGAAGAUGCCACAGGAAAGCUUCGUCUUCACAAAUGCAAAGGAAUGGCCAACUUAGAGAUUAGUGGAAAAAAAGGCCUCACUGGUGUCAAGUCCAAAUAUUUCAGUAAAAACAGUAAUGAUUGCAGCUGCGAGGACAACGAAUACAAAAUUAAUCACUUCGGUAGAAAAAAGAAGCUGUAUUCUAAAAAGAAGUAUAAAGCAAGCUAUGCACGUAAUCGUUCCACUAGAAAUGUGGCCAUUGAACUGAAUGGAGAGCUUUUUAAUGUUGAACUAGAAGAUGGUUACCAGCCAGUAUAUUCUAAGAACAUUACCAAAAGGCACACCAGAGCACAAGAUGAUCUGGAGGAAGAGGAAGAGGAGGAGGAAGAUAAAGACACAGCAGAAUACAGUGGCACUGGCAGCCUGAGCCUGACUAAUGAGCUUACAGCCCCAACCUCCAUUAAAGUCACUCACAGAUGCUUCAUCCUUGCAAAUGACACUGUUCAGUGUGACACUGUACUGUAUAAAUCACUCCAAGCAUGGAAGGACCACAAACUCCACAUUGAUCAUGAGAUUGAAACUCUGCAAAGCAAAAUUAAAAAUCUGCGUGAGGUAAGAGGCCAUUUGAAGAAGAAGAGGCCUGAAGAAUGUGAUUGUAACAAAAUGAGUUUCUACUCGAAGCAAAAGGGGAAACUGAAACACAAAGGAAUGAACUUGCAUCCCUUCAAGAAAUUCAGACUGGAAAAAGACUCGUGGUUUUUCAGGGAUCAGAGACGUAGGAAAAAGUUGCGUAAGAUAUUGAAGAGGAUAAAAAACAAUGACACAUGCAGUAUGCCUGGUCUCACGUGCUUCACUCAUGACAACCAACACUGGACUACAGCACCAUUUUGGACAUUGGGACCCUUCUGUGCCUGCACAAGUGCAAACAACAACACAUACUGGUGCUUGCGAACUAUUAACGAGACCCACAACUUCCUCUUUUGUGAGUUUGCUACCGGGUUUUUGGAGUAUUUUGACCUUAACACAGAUCCCUAUCAGCUGAUGAACAUUGUAAACACUCUAGAUAGAGAUGUCCUCAACCAGUUGCAUGUUCAGCUCAUGGAGUUGAGAAGCUGUAAAGGCCAUAAGCAGUGUAACCCACGAACCAGAAAUGUAGAACUUGGAAGCAGAGAUGGAGGAAGUUAUGAACAGUUCAGGCAAUUUCAGCGUCCGAAGUGGCCCAAAAUGAAGAAACCCUCUUCUAAAUCCUUAGGUCAACUUUGGGAAGGAUGGGAAGGCUAAAGCAGAAAUGUAAUCCAUGAGUAAGAAAAGCAGUCCUCCAAGACUUGAAACUUUGCAGAGACUUGAAAUUAAUAUGUAAAUUCUUGAACAGAUUGUUAGCCUGAAGGACUGGGAAACUUCUGAACUGCUGUAGGUAGUAUUUGCACUGCUGUAAGGUUUAAAAUAGAAAUAAAAAAUAAAUCUGAGGAACUGAGAAACAUCAUGACCUUGAAAAAUUCUGUUUUGAUCGGCACUGAAUGGCCUAGUCCCAGUUUUGAUUUUAUUUCACUCACUUCAAAAUUCUUGUUCUUUGUGGAUCCAUCAUAGUGUGCUUCAUUUCAGAAGAGUCUGUUGAAAUAAUGUCAUAUGGAAACAUCACCUGAUACUUCUCCAAACAGAUGAAAGUCCUGCAGUUCCAGUUCACAUUUCAGCUGAAAUGCAAUGCAACUCUUGCUCCAAAUGGAUAUGGUGCUACGACUGGUGGUGUCUAACUAAAGAAAACCUUAGUGGGGGGAAAAAUACCACAAAGUCCAAGACUCUCCAAAUCAACUUAGUGGGUAAUGUCUGCAGAAAUCUCAGCACCUUUGCAAAUUCUAUUUUAAAGUACUGUACAUAUACAAACACAUACCAUCAGACACACUCAAUGGAAAACAUUGCCCACUAUGAAACUUGUACAUAAAAAGCCCUUUAUGCAUUCAUUAAAAGUUCCAUAAAAAUGUCUGCAUAUUUUGUCAGGAUGUGUAAUGUUGCGAUAUCCUAUUUUUAUAUGUUUCUGUUACAAUGAACUGCAAAUGUAGUAUUAAUUGCUGUGUUUCUAGCAGGUAACGUAUCUUAUCAAAUGAUGGAUUUGCAGCACUGAACUGUUAUGUUAAACAUGCCAGAAACAAUGUUCUCCUAAAGCUUUCUCAUUUUAAUACUGAGAUAAUAAAACAUAAAACCUGA